AGAAAAGCAGAGGCGGGGAGCGCCGCGCAUGUGAACAACAUAACUCACCGGCCGGAGCGGGGCGCAGCGGCGGAGCUAAUACGCUAACCCGGCCCCUUGGAGGUGGCCGAAUUCAUCAGCCUGGCUCGUCCGUCCUACGCACGCCUCCACCAUCAAGAUCGAGCUGAGCCUCCCUUAGCUUCUCUCUCUCUCCGCCAUGCUCAAACACGAGGAAAGCUAGCUUACCAGCUUAAUUAGCUAUCUUCGUCUUCCUCCAGUCCCCGGCCGGCCCGCCCUCCUUGUUCGCUACUUCUCUCGUGACCCUGUGCAAACCAUAUACUAUACUAUAUAAGUGCAGAACAUGCAUGGUGAUCAGUGACUGAUCGCUGCUGAGUUCUGGAGAGCUUUACAGUGCUUCUUGUUUAUUUAGCUGCUGCGCGCUGCCUGCUCCGGCCGGCCGGCCAUGCACACGCACCGCCUGUGAGCCUGCCUAGCUGCCGACCUGCAUGUGUCCGUCGUGAUUCAUCAAAGCACCACCAAAUACGCUGCUGCUCCACCCGCCUGAUCAUGGACAAAGAGCAGCAGGAGAGUCACCUCGACAGCUUCGCGCCGCUGGACGGCGCCGCGGCGCCGGAGGACCAGCAGCACCAGCCCGCCUGCGGCGGGGGGCCCGAGAUGGUCGACUACAUGCUUGGCCGCCACCACGUGAACGCGCACGCGCCGCCGUCGCCGACGCAGAGCCAAGCGGUGUCGUUCGACAAGCUCAGCUUCUCCGACGUGCUGCAGUUUGCCGACUUCGGCCCCAAGCUCGCGCUCAACCAUCCGGUGGCCGCGUCCGUCGGCGGCGGCGAGGACGCGGACGCGGACGACGACGACGACGGGUACUUCUUCAGGUUCCAGUCGCUGCCCCAGCGCCAUGCGGACCGUGAGGCGGCGGGAAGCAAGACGACGGCCGAGGACGGUGGAGGAACCGGCGUCGUCGUCUCCGAGGGCACCACGCUGGUGCAGCAGCAGGCCGAUCACGGCCGGGCGGACAAAGCCGGGGACCAGGGGAAGAGCGGCCGCCGGAAGCGCCCGCGGACCGUGAAGACCAGCGAGGAGGUGGAGAGCCAGCGGAUGACGCACAUCGCCGUCGAGCGCAACCGCCGGCGCCAGAUGAACGAGUACCUCAGGAUCCUCAGGUCACUCAUGCCAGGAUCCUACGUCCAGAGGGGAGACCAGGCAUCCAUCAUAGGAGGCGCCAUCGAGUUCAUAAGAGAGCUAGAGCAGCUGAUCCAGUGCCUGGAGUCGCAGAAGCGGCGGCGCCUGUACGGCGGGUCCGGGGACGCGCCACGGCCGCCGGUGGUGGACGCGGCAGCGGGCUCCGGCGGCGCGCUAAUAACGUCCUCCACUCAGCCGCUGGCGCUGCAGCCGCCGCACCUGUUCCCUCCGACCCCGAGCCACCCUUUCCCGGUGGCGGGCGCCGACGCCAAGAUCACGCUGGACCUGGAGGCGGCGGGGGGCGCCGUGGUCGACGACGCCGGCGGCGGGCUCCGGGAGGAGGUGGCGGAGAACAAGUCGUGCCUGGCGGACAUCGAGGUGCGCGCGCUGGGCGCCGAUGCCAUGAUCAAGAUCCUAUCCCGGCGCCGGCCAGGCCAGCUGAUCAAGACCAUCGCCGCCCUGGAGGACAUGCAGAUGUCCAUCCUGCACACCAACAUCACCACCAUCGAGCAGACCGUCCUCUACUCCUUCAACGUAAAAAUCGUCGGCGAGGCAAGGUACUCGGCGGAGGACAUCGCCGGCGCCGUGCACCAGAUCCUCAGCUUCAUCGACGUCAACUACAGCCUGUGAUCUUCUCUUGCAGCCACGACGUUCUAUAUGUGCUUGAUUAUUUACGUAUUCAGUUUCAUGUAUCUUCUGUCCGUUUCUAUGUGUGUAGAACUGAAUCUGAUGUCAGGACAAGUAAAAAAGAUUAGCACUAAUACCCAGUGACAGUAUUUGUGUACGUACUACUACUCUGGAGUCUGGAGUGGAGACUGUGAAUGCAUUUGCUUGCUAUGCACAAAGAUCAGAACACAGGCAGAGACUGAAUGCAUUUGCUUGCAUAUGGAUUUACAGACAUUCUAGCAGGGCGCCAGCAGGACUAGGAUGAGUAGAUUGUUUUCUUUUACCUGGAGACUAGAACAGAACAGUGAAGCAAUAUUUUUUUAUAUAAAUAUAAUUACAUGGAUGGAACUACUAGCAGCGUUUCUUAUUUAUCAGAGCCCAUAGGCGGUACUGAAGUAGCUUCUGGU